UGGAGAAAGUGGAUGGACUGCUGCGGGCUGCAGGGCCCACCAGCCCUCCCUCUCUCUAUGGCUGGGUUUUUCCAGCUGGAGCCUCCCUCCCUCUACCGCAAUCACUGAAAGCCGCUACUCUCUACCGCGGCUGCUCCAGCGCAUCAUUUAUUUAUUUAUUUAUUGGCUUCUUUAUUUCUUUCCUCUUUUUCCCCCCCUGUACCAGCAGACCCCCCUCGGAGUCAGAGAGAGAAACGUUGCAGUCAGUCAGGGAGAAGUCCCCGCUGUAGGGGAGGAGGUGGGUGAGAGAGGGAUUGUGCGUGGAGCGGAGGGAGAACCCCGGCGCAGGAGGGGAGCUAGAAGCAGGGGUGGAGAGCUCGGCAGAAAUCUCCGCUGCUCCCCCCGCCUCAGCCACCCUCUCCCAGAGCCAUGAGCGCUUCUAGACAGGAGGCUGAAAGGAGUGAUGGGACCAUGGGCGGGAGCGAGCACGAAACUGAAUUACGGGACAGAGCCCACCUGAGCCAGGAGCGGAGGCUCAAACAGGCUACCCAGUUCGUCCACAAAGACUCCGCUGACCUCCUCCCACUGGACAGUCUCAAGAGGCUUGGCACUUCCAAGGAUUUGCAGCCACACAGUGUGAUUCAGCGUCGCCUGAUGGAAGGGAAUCUGGACCAGUUUCUCGGGGAGUCCUCCUUGGUUUGGGGCCAAGUUCAUGGAGCAGAGAGUACUAGAAAGCCCAGCAGGAAGGAGACCCCGGCUCUUCUUGUCCACUGUAAGUGCCGGGACCAGAUAUUAAGAGUGGCAGUGGAUACAGGUACCCAACACAACCAAAUCUCUGCCAGAUGCCUCAGUCGCCUUGGGUUAGGGGAGGGGACUCCAAAAGUCCCAGGCGGGAAAAAGGCUCCUGGCCCCCUGACCCACGUGGAGCAGCUGGAGCUGCAGUUAGGGCAAGAGACAGUAGCAUGCUCAGCUCAGGUGGUUGAUGAUGAGAGUCCUGAAUUUUGCCUGGGAUUGCAGACACUGGUAUCUCUCAAGUGCUGUAUUGACCUGGAACACGGUGUGCUACGGCUGAGAUCUCCUUGCCCAGAGCUACCAUUCCUGCCUUUCCACCAGGAGCCUGGCCAGUGACAACAAUCCCUGUCUG